AAAUCAAUCUCUAAUCAUAAGAUCAUCAUUGGUCUCUGUGACGAUUUUCAACCCUUCGCUCUGCUUUCAUUUCAUUCUCUCUCUUCUCCUCUGAGGUUUUAGAAGGGUUUCUCUUCAUCUGUCCGUACGCCACCUUGUGGGAAAACCAUAACCAGUGCCACACACAAAAAUAAAGAGAAGAAAAAGAAAAAUGGGGUCUUUGACAAAUGGGGUGGAGAGAGGAGGUUCCCAUAUGAGAGAGAAAGAUGAACCAGAAGAAGAAGUGGAUGAGCAUGAGCCAAUUUUAAUGGAGCAAAGCGAGAGGUUUUGUAUGUUUCCUGUAAGAUAUAAGCAAGUUUGGGAGAUGUACAAGAAGGCUUUAGCCAGCUUUUGGACUGCUGAAGAGGUUGAUCUCUCUCAUGAUGUUCAACAGUGGAAUACUUUGUCUGAUCCAGAGAAACACUUCAUAAGUCAUGUCUUGGCAUUUUUUGCUGCAUCUGAUGGGAUUGUUUUGGAGAAUUUGGCCGCAAGAUUUCUGAAUGAUGUUCAAAUUCCAGAGGCUCGGGCAUUCUAUGGCUUUCAGAUUGCAAUGGAAAAUAUUCAUUCUGAAAUGUACAGCUUGCUUUUGGAGACAUAUAUUAAGGAUUCAAGUGAGAAACAUAGAUUGUUCAAUGCACUUGAAAACAUUCCUUGUAUCUCGAGGAAGGCUAAGUGGGCUCUGGAAUGGAUUCGUAGUUCCACUUCGUUUGCGGAACGACUUGUUGCUUUUGCUUGUAUUGAAGGAAUAUUUUUCUCUGGAAGCUUUUGUGCAAUAUUCUGGCUUAAAAAGAGGGGAUUAAUGCCAGGAUUGACAUUCUCAAAUGAGCUUAUUUCUAGAGAUGAAGGACUCCACUGUGAAUUUGCUUGUCUUCUGUACAGUUUACUCCAAAAGCAACUACCUUGGGAAAAAGUUCAUCACAUUGUAGAUGAAGCCGUUGAGAUUGAGACAGAAUUUGUUUGUGAGGCCCUCCCAUGUGCAUUGAUUGGCAUGAACUCAACACUAAUGAGCCAGUACAUAAAAUUUGUUGCGGAUCGACUUUUGGUUGCAUUGGGAUGCCAGAAAAAGUACAAUGUGGAAAAUCCUUUUGAUUGGAUGGAGUUUAUAUCUUUGCAAGGAAAGGCAAACUUCUUCGAGAGAAGAGUGGGUGAUUAUCAGAAGGCAUCUGUAAUGCCAAGCCUUCAAGGUGGCGAAAGAAACUUCGUCUUCAAGCUGGACGAGGACUUCUAGUCAUCAUCACAGUGUUGCAAGUUUCAUUCAGAUGCUCAAAUCAGCAUCAAAUUGUUGUUACACUCCUUGUGUCAACUACAUAUUAUCUGCCAUCUACCUCAUAUCUGAGCCAUUAUUUGAAGUGAGUAUCAUAUCAAACCAUAAUUUGAAGUGAGUAUUUAUCAAGUUUAGUUCCCUUAAACUUGUCAUAUACACAUAAAUUUUGGAUCUACACUACUGUUCUUGUAUCAAUAUAUAACAAUUUCUUUUUUUUCCUA